AUGUCGAUGAAGUUUUUGACGGGUCUACAGGACCUUCUCGGCCUGUACGAAACGGGUACUGCCGCUUCAUCACCGGCAUCCCCGAUUCCACCAACAUCUCCCUCAAUGUUCGCAGUGCCACCCCAACAACAAUCACAUUCAUCGGCAACUUCUGUUCGGAAGAAAGUAUGCCAAGAAGCCAACAGUUCUACAGAUGAUUCUGAAAGUGAUACUCGCAUAAGACAGUGCUCACAUUCAAGAACAGUAUCAUUCCCAGCGGACAUUGGUCUCAUAACCGGUUAUCAUGAUGCUCCGUCUUCCAUAUUCCACACAAAUCAUAGAACUAUUGAUUCAGCUGAAAUCCUGCAAAGUUAUCGAGAAGCUUGUCAGAGAAGACAGUGUGCUCCAAGUGUUGGAGUUGAGAAACAAAUAGGAUAUUUCCAUAAAAGUCCGGAUACACGUCAAGAGUUGCUCAGUUUAAAAGGAGAACGAGUAUCACACGCACAGAUGGAAGCACUGGAAGAAGUAUUUAAACGAGUUCAAUUCAACACAAUCGAUUUUGAAUACACGUUUCUAGAUGAUGAGUGUGCAAUAUCACUUGGAGAAAUGAUCGAGUUUUAUGAUUCUUGUGUUCGUCUGAACCUUUCAUUCAACAAACAAAUUGAUGUGAGGGGCUGGACGAUAAUGUUCAAAUCUAUUCGGAAUGCAAUUUCACUUCAAAUGCUCAAUCUUCGAUACACGAAUCUCAAUGAUCGGUCCAUACCUGCCCUUUGUAAAUUGGCUCGUGCCCAACCAUCGGCUUCGUUGACCUGUCUUCAUUUGGAAAACACUCAAAUGUCUGGAAAAAACUUGCUUGUGCUGAUAUGUGCACUGAAAAACAAUACAGGAAUACGAGAGCUGUAUCUGGGAGAUAAUGGAUUGCAACCAACAGAUGGAUCUCAUAUUUAUCAGUUGAUCACUUCCAACACUUGUUUGCAACUUUUAGAUUUGAGGAAUAACAAUAUCGGGGAUUCCGGAGUUCGUCACAUUUGUGAAGGCCUCCGAAAUCGUGAAUCAAUCGAGAAGAGUGCGUUAUCUGCAAUGGUUUUGUGGAAUAAUAAUGUGACUGGAGCCUCAAUGGAGAGUUUAGCGGAAGCAUUGACGGAAAACACUAAAAUUGAGACUCUAAACAUUGGAAGCAAUAAUCUAGGUGUGGAAGGAAUUGCUCGACUAAAACCAGCAUUGGCUUCCAACUCACAUCUCCAUCGGCUUGGUCUUCAGAAUACAGGAAUUAAUUGUGAAGGAGCAAUCAUUCUGGCUGAAUGCAUUGCAGAUAACGUAGCACUUUUGAGAGUUGAUAUCAGAGAUAAUCCAAUUGCUCUUGCUGGCCUUCUUGCUCUCCAUUCAGCAAUGAAAAUGAAUACAUCCAUUACACUUCUAAAUAUUGAUGCCACAUGUGUUAAAAUGAGCAGUGAAAAAGUUCGCGAAUAUCAGGACGAGUUCGAACGAUACUUCCGAGAGAUUCAAACAUAUUGUGAUCGAAACAAAGAUGACGUUCUCAAAAAGUUAACAGUGACGUUUGAUGAUCAAGAAAGAAGUUCUGAGGACGUAAAGAAGAAGAACGAAGAUGAGAGCUCUGAAGAGAAAGAGGCUGAGAAUGAAGAUGAAGAUGUCGAGCCUGAGACAUCUGAAGAAAGUACUCCAACCGAUCAAAGUGACAUCAACACCGAACAAGAUCGGCAAGUCGGAUCAAAAUCUGAAAGCAAUAAUAACGAAAAACGGCCGCUGAUGGCUUCUGCAUCUUCAUCCAAAAUAUCACAAAAAGAAAGACAUCAAAGAUUUGUGAGAAGUUCAUCUCUUACUUGCGCCGAAACUGUUCACGACAUUCAUGAUCGGUUACGUGAGAUGUCUGGAUCUACGCAUUCUUUGGAUGCAGCUAUUGCUGCUUCCACAUCUUUAUCCCCAUCUAUGUUAACUGCAACAUAUGGAUCAACUCCUGGACCACUUGAUGCAUCGAGCAACACUGAUUCAAUGAAGACCAUCAAGAAAUCGUUCACUGUAACCUCAACAGCUCCAGCGUCAGUUCAUCUAGCUGAAUGGGGAUCCCUACCUGCUAUCCCUCAAGCAAGUCCCACCUCAACUCCUGCUGUUCGAAAACUUCGGCGAUUCUCGGUGUCUCCAUCAUCCAGUGUAUUUGAUGUAGCCACAACAUCAUCAGCAUCCACUUCGCCAAUUCCUGAGAACUCGACGCCUUCCAAUCCAAUUCGUCCUUGUACCCUUGCUAUUGGUAUCCCACUUUCUGGAAGUGUUCCAGCUGGUCCUUCUUCUGCCCCUCUCAUCUUCGUUGAUCAUCACUCUGAGCUGAUUUCACCGGACAGUGUAAAUAUAAACGAAGAGUCCGCGAAAUCAAGGGAAUCUGAGAGACGUCGUGCCGAAGAAGUUAUGCGACAAAGGAAAGAAGAAAAAGAAGUUCGAGAAACAUGUCGAGCAGUUAUCAAUGAUCUGAUAAACUACGUCGAAUAUGAAGAAAAGUCUCUGGUCGAGAGGAAAGCAUCUCUAUUGCUUCGGAACGCAUUCAGUCGUCCCAAUCCUGAAGAACUUCUCAGAAACCUGCAGAGGGCGGAGUCACCGGGAUCAAUGACUCCACGGACACCGCUUACACCAUCGAGAGUACUCGAAAUCGCUGAAGAACUCGAAGAAGAAACAGACGAUCAAGUAUGCCAAUCAGUCGUUCGUUGCCUUGUUCGGGACGUUCUCCAAGCAGAGAAAAAUGAACUUCGAUCCACAUUGGAUCGCCGUCGGAGGCAUAACAGUGUCCGAAACUCACCGGUUUGA